CGUCAACUAACGAUCCCAGUCGACAACAAUGGUGCCUCCCAAGUCCGGAAAGAAGACCGCCGCCAUGCCCUACCCCCAGGGCAAGGCUGGCUCGUCCAAGAAGGCCGCUAAGAACCCUCUCAUCGAGAAGCGUUCCCGCAACUUCGGCAUCGGCCAGGACAUCCAGCCCAAGCGCAACCUGUCCCGCUUCGUCAAGUGGCCCGAAUAUGUCCGCCUCCAGCGCCAGAAGAAGAUUCUGAACAUGCGCCUGAAGGUCCCCCCUUCCCUGGCCCAGUUCCAGAACACCCUGGACCGCAACACCGCUGCCCAGACCUUCAAGCUCCUCUCCAAGUACCGCCCUGAGACCAAGGCCGAGAAGAAGGAGCGUCUCGUCCAGGAGGCCACCGCCGUCUCCGAGGGCAAGAAGAAGGAGGACGUCUCCAAGAAGCCCUACCACGUCAAGUACGGUCUCAACCACGUCGUCGGCCUGGUCGAGAACAAGAAGGCUUCCCUCGUCCUGAUCGCUCACGACGUUGACCCCAUUGAGCUGGUUGUCUUCCUGCCUGCUCUCUGCCGCAAGAUGGGUGUCCCCUACGCCAUCGUCAAGGGCAAGGCCCGCCUCGGUACCGUCGUCCACAAGAAGACCUCCGCCGUCCUGGCUCUCACUGAGACCCGCUCCGAGGACAAGGCUGAGUUCUCCAAGCUCCUGUCCGCCAUCAAGGAGGGUUACACCGACAAGUACGAGGAGUCCCGCCGCCACUGGGGUGGUGGUAUCAUGGGCGCCAAGGCCAACGCCCGCCAGGAGAAGAAGCGCAAGGCUGUCGAGUCCGCCAUCAAGGUCUAA